UAACAUAUUGUAAUACAUGUUAGCUUUUCCUUUCACAGUCAUACAGCAUCAGUGUACUAGAGUUGGAGGUUGUAAGUGCCACUGACAUGGGCGAAAACACCAUAAACAAAAGAAAAGAAACCAAAACUCAAAAGGAAGGCAACAAUGACGAAACAUUGGUUCACGAAGACGAAGAUAUGGCAGAGAGUAUGGUGAUAGAGCUUCGGGAAUGGGUAACUUCCCAGCCACACCUAAUUAAUCCGAGGCUAGAUGACUGUUUUCUACUCCGAUUUCUUAGACACCAAAAGUACAACCUAGCCAAAUCACAGUGGCUUCUGGAGAAGUAUAUAAAAGCACGGAGCAAGCUUCCUCAAUGUUUCCAGCAGCUGGACAUAGAAGACCCUGGAGUCGUUGACCUGCUCUCCAACGGCUACGUCUUCCCACUUCCUGAGAAAGAUCGGGACGGCCGUGUCACUGUUUUUGGAAUAGCAGGUGUUAUGGACCCAAGACGCCACAAACCCAGGGAUUCCUACAGAGCAUAUGUGACGACAUUUGAAGCUCUGUUAGAUGAUGAAGUUGUCCAAAAGAGAGGUUUAUCUUAUAUUUUUGAUCAGGCAGACUUCCGACUCUCGCACUUCACUAUUGUUGGGCCUAAAGAACUUCAACUAUUGAUGUCAACAGGAGAGAAAGUUAUGCCAAUACGUCACAGAAGAAUCCACUGGUUGAAUAUGCCUAAACAUCUCCUGUUUAUCUACGAACUGUUUAAAAAACUACUGAGUAAGAAGAUCCAAGAACGGAUGGUUGUUCAUUGGAACCUUGAGACCCUUCAUUCUCAUUUUCCUCGAAAUAUGUUACCAAAGGAAUAUGGUGGAGAACACACUGUGAAAGAACUUGCAGGUCGAUGGGUGGAAACGUUACGACAAAAGAGAGAUUACUUGUUGUCAUUAGAUAAAAUGCAAUAUGACGAAAGCAAGAGACCCAGCCGUGUGCCUAACAACGAUGGUUUUUAAUUUAUAAAAUAAAUAAAUUUAUGUGUAAAAUUACACAAACAGAAAUUUAAUGAGAAAAUAUGUUCAUAUUCUUCUGGUAAUACAGUUCUAAAAUGAAAUGCUAUUGCCGUGGAGAUAAAAAAAGUGUUUCUUGUGCUAAAUAGUUUAAACAUUUCAACUGUUUAGUGCAGUAUAGCCAACAACAAGAGUGACCAAGUGACCAUUCAAUAUAACAUACAUUGUAAUAGUUGCUUUGAUAUUAGUUAUAAGCUAGCAAAAAAUAUUUACCCUAAGACUGUUGUAAAGAAUAUAUUUCGUAAUAAUUCUGUAACUACAUAUACUAGGGUGUAGUAAACAAUGGGGAUUGGAAUCCUUCAAAUGGCGAUUUAUACACAUUUUGGUAACUACGAAAAAAUCUGAGUAUGGUUUAACAAUGAGUUUAUAUUAUUUAGAUAUAUUUGCAUAUUCAAAUUCAUAAAAAUAGUUACUUACCAACAUAUUGUUUGUAUUCGUGUUGUUCAAUCCAUGCGUACAGUGCAUGUUCGAUUUAAUCAAUGUAUGGUUAACAUGAUGCUUUUA